AUGCAGGCAGGACACAGCGGUGGCUCGGGGACACCUUUCCUCGUGGCCCUAGAACGGGCCCUCGGUGCCCAGAACGGGACGGGGUCCGCGGGAGCGCGGCGCGGGGCGGGCGGCCCCAGGGGCGGCCGCUGGAUGCGGGACGACGAAGCGCCACCGGAGCUGCGGCUGCUGCUCGUCGGGAAGAGCGGCGGCGGGAGGAGCGCGACGGGGAACAGCAUCCUGGGGCGGGCGGCCUUCGAGUCGCGGCUGUCCACGCGCGCGGUGACGCAGAGGAGCGAGCGGCAGAGCGGCUCGUGGAAGGGUUACCGCGUGCACGUGGUGGACACGCCGGACGCCUUCGACUCGCCGGAGCGCAGCGCCCGGUGCCUCCGCGAGGUCGCCCGCUGCGCGCUGCUGUCGGCGCCGGGGCCGCACGCGCUGCUGCUGGUGACUCAGCUGGGCCACUUCACGCAGGAGGACGAGGCGGCCGUCCGGCAAGUGUGGCGGCUGUUCGGGCGCGGAGCCGCCGAGCGCACCGUCGUGGUCUUCACGCACGGGGACGAGCUGACGGGCGGCUCCCUUGUGCGGCACGUGGAGGACACCGGCACCGCCGCGCUGCGGGAGCUGCUGUGGGACUGCGGGGGACGGUGCUGCGCCUUCGACAACAGGGCAGUCGGGGGGGCGGGAGAGAAGCGGGUCGGGGAGCUGCUGGAGACGGUGCUGCGCAUGCUGGGGGGAGACCUGAGCGCCCACUACCGGAACGAGCUCUUCGACGGCGCCGUGCAGCUCCUGAAGCGCCGGGACGUCGACUUCGAGGAGAAAUGCGAUAUCCUGGCCGAAAACAUGGAGCGGCAGCUGCGGGGCUGGUGGCACACGUGGCUCCUGGAGUGGCUGCGGUCCAUCCCGGCUGUGCGACGGCUGUGCCGCACGCCGUGAGCGCGGUGCGUCUGCUGCUGCUUCUCCUGCGUCCUUUCAGCGCUGCUGGCCCUCUGGCGCGCCCUGCGGUCUGUGCACUCCUGA